GGCUUUGAUUACACACAUAAUUGCUGCUUAUUUCAUCAACUCUCAGCCAUAAAUUACCAUAGUUGUUAUUCACCAAUCCUUUCCAUCCAUCAAAUGGCAACAACAGACCUGGUGAACCCAUCAUCUCUCCCACUUCAAGAUCGGGUAGCCAUAGUGACAGGCUCAUCCCGAGGUAUUGGUAAAGCCAUAGCCAUCCACUUGGCCUCAUUAGGUGCAAAACUUGUCAUCAACUACGCUUCUAACAAGGACCAAGCUGAUCUUGUUGCUGAAGAGAUCAAUUCUUGCUGUUCUGAGAAUACCCCACAUGCUACGGUGGUUCAAGCUGACAUUUCUGUGCCUGCCCAGGUUAAGUUAUUGUUUGAUGAGGCUGAAAGAGUGUUUGGAUCACAGGUUCAUGUCUUGGUGAAUUCAGCUGCCAUUUCUAACACCAAGUACCCUACAAUUGCCAACACUUCAGUAGAGGAUUUUGAUCGUAUUUUCAGUGUCAAUUGCAGAGGCACGUUCUUAUGCUGCAAAGAGGCAGCAAAGAGAAUUAAACAGGGUGGUGGGGGUAGAAUCAUAUUGUUAUCGAGCUCAUCCGUAGGUGCAUUGAGGCCAAAUUCAGCAACAUACACUGCAUCAAAAGCAGCAGUGGAGACAAUGACAAAAAUACUAGCGAAGGAGCUCAAAGGGACUGGUAUUACUGCAAAUUGUGUGGCACCAGGGCCAAUUGCCACUGAAAUGUUCUUCGUCGGUAGGAGUGAGGAGCAUGUGAAGAGAGUGAUUGAGGUGUGCCCGCAUGGGAGGCUUGGCGAGACCAAGGAUGUAGCUCCUCUUGUUGGGUUCUUGGCUAGUGAUGCCGGUGAAUGGAUAAAUGGACAAGUUAUUCGUGUCAAUGGUGGCUAUGUUUAAGAAUGGUGUUUACUGCAACUUAGCCGUUCAAAAUAACCAUUUUCGUUUCCUAAGUUGAAUUCUCUAAUAUGUGGUAUAUUUUGAGACAAGAUCCGUGGUAAGUUUGUAAACUAUUGUUCUUCAUGAACCAUAUUGAUUUGUACUAGAGGAGGGAGAGGGAGGAGGAGAGUUUUUCUUGAAAUUUUCAGCAUUUAUCUAUCAGCAGUUUAUUGCUUGUCA